AUGGCUGAUUUUGACGCUCCGGAGUUCAUCCGCUAUGCUGCAGUUCCCAAGCACUCCAAAGGCCCAGGCGAUGCCCAACCCACAGCUAUGCAGAUUGUGAAAGACAAUGACCUUGAAGGUCAGGAAGCUCUAGGCGAGCACCUCGAGCCGGGGAAACUCGAUCUCCUCCUGGAUCUCAACUCGCUCGCGUUUGUGCGGAGUUUUGCUGCAGACUUUUUGGAGAAGAGCCAUGGCCAACUAAACAUCCUCAUAAACAACGCGGGCGUCAUGGCUACACCAGAAGGCUGCGCAUUCAAUUCCAGGGUUGUGUGCGUAUCGUCAAUGGGGCAUCGAUACAACGAGAUCAAUUUCGACAACCUGAAUCUAGAAGGUGAAUACGAGCCGAACAAGGCCUACAGUCAAAGCAAAGUCGCAAACAUCUAUAUGGCUAACCAAACCGAGCGACGAUACAGUGCACGCAGUCUCCACGGUCUCUCAUUGCAUCCUGGUGGAAUAUGGGAUGGCUCUGGGCGUCAGGUACACGUUGCAGACUUGGCGGAAGAAUGGAAGAAGACUCCAGGCGGAGCAGCGACGACAAUGUGGGCUGCGAUCGGGAGGGUGUGGGAACGCAAAGGUGGAAAGUAUUUAGAGAAUUGCCAAGUUCCUGGGCCGGUGAGAGACGGGUACUACUUUUUGGAGGAUGGGUAUGAGACGUGGGCGUAUGAUCAGGCAAAGGAGGAGAGACUUUGGAAGGUUUCUUGUGAGCUUGUGGGUGUCAAGUGUGAGUAG